GCCUGUCUUAGAUCAAUGGAGCGCCAUGUAGCAGUGAGAGUGAGGAGCGCGCGCCGUUAGCCUUUAGCCCAGAGAUAUGCGCGGAUGUGCAGGUGCGGCUGCGCUACAUCGCGAUGAUCGCUGCGGCUUUUCUGGUUUUGCUGAGACCUCUGAGCCUCCAGUGCCUGCUCCUGCUGAUCCUGCUUUUGGUGGGAACGGUGGCCACGAUCCUGUUUCUCUGCUGCUGGCAUCGGAGGCUUCGCCAUGAGAAGAUCCCCAUAAAAUCCGUCUUCUCCCGGCGAUCGAGGAGUCGUGAAGCUGGUCUUCGGACGCAUCAUUUUCGAUCUGAGGGUUUCCGGCACAGUCCGCGCCAUGGACGGAGGCUUAUAAGAGCCCGAGCGUGUGAAGAAAAGCCUGUGGUUGAUCCAGCCGAGAGCGAGCCAGAAUCUAGCAGUGUUGUCAGGAAACGCAAAGUGACCAAGAGAGUACAACCUGAGUUUUAUCACUCUGUCCAAGUAACACCCACGCGGAGACCAAGCUCCGGAUCCGGGAACGCGUCCCUGCGUUGCUCAAUGUCUUCAUCUGUGGAUUUCUCGGAUGAGGACGACUACAGCGUCAGAUCGGGCUGUGUGUCCCCUGCACCCGGAGACACACUUCCGUGGAAUUUACCCCGGCACGAGCGCUCCAAGCGCAAAAUCCACGGCGGCUCGGUGCUGGAUCCGGCUGAGAGAGCCGUGCUCAGGAUCGCAGAUGAAAGAGACCGAGUGCAGAAAAAGACGUUUACAAAAUGGAUCAACCAGCAUCUCCUCAAGGUACGAAAGCAUGUUAACGACCUUUAUGAGGAUUUGCGGGAUGGACAUAACCUGAUCUCGUUGUUGGAGGUCCUGUCUGGUGACAAAUUGCCUCGGGAGAAAGGCCGCAUGCGCUUCCACAGACUGCAGAACGUACAGAUAGCACUGGACUACUUGAAAAGGCGGCAGGUGAAACUAGUGAACAUCAGAAAUGAUGACAUCACAGACGGCAACCCAAAGCUGACACUGGGGUUAAUAUGGACCAUAAUUCUGCACUUUCAGAUUUCGGACAUCCAUGUUACUGGAGAGUCCGAGGACAUGACAGCAAAGGAGAGGCUUCUGCUCUGGUCCCAGCAGAUGACCGAAGGCUACGUAGGGGUCCGCUGUGACAACUUCACUACUUCUUGGAAAGACGGAAGGCUGUUCAAUGCCAUCAUUCACAAGCACAGGCCUGACCUCGUGGAUAUGAGCAAAGUAUCAACACAAACUAGCAGAUCAAACCUGGAGCAAGCAUUCAAUGUUGCUGAGCAGCUGGGUGUGGCUCGGCUGCUGGAUCCGGAGGAUGUCGACGUCACAUCUCCGGACGAGAAGUCCGUCAUUACCUACGUAUCGACAUUAUAUGAUGUCUUCCCUAAAGUACCCGAGGGUCUUGAGGGCAUUAGUGCAAAUGAUGUCGAUGUUAAAUGGGUGGAAUACCAGAAUAUGGUCAAUUACCUCAGCCAAUGGAUCAAACACAAUGUGUCUGUCAUGUCGGACAGAAACUUUCCCAGCAACCCUGUGGAACUUAAGGCACUUUAUUUGCAAUACCUGCACUUCAAGGAGAGUGAAAUCCCACUCAAGGAAAAUGAAAAGACCAAAAUAAAGCAUCUCUAUAAAAUGUUAGAGGUGUGGAUCGAGUUUGGUCGCAUUCAUUUGCCGGAGGGUUACCACCCUAACGACGUGGAGAAGGAAUGGGGCAAGCUAAUCGUCGCCAUGCUUGAGAGAGAGAAGAGCCUAAGGCCUGAGGUCGACAGACUUGAAAUGCUGCAGCAAAUCGCAGACAGAGUUAAGCGAGACUGUGUGGCUGGAGAAGACAAAUUAGCCUUGGCACGGGCAUCUCUGCAAUCUGAUAUAAAAAGGUUUGAAUCUGGGAUCCAGUUGCAGAAUGAGCCUGAAAUUGCAGGAUACCUGCUGGAGUGUGAGAAUCUGUUGAGGCAACAAGUGGUUGACAUCCAGAUUUUAUUGGAUGGGAAGUUCUACUUGGCAGAUCAACUUGUUCAAAGGGUAUCCAAGCUUCGUGAUGACCUCCUGACACUCAGAACAGAAUGCUCCUCGGUCUACAGCAAGGGACGCAGUCUCAGCACGGAACAGACCAAGAUGAUGAUCUCUGGCAUCACACAGAGUUUGAACUCCGGCUUCUCUCAGACCCUGAAUGUUGGGCUAAGUCCUGCCUUGACACCGGGCUCUGCUCUUUCCUCCAGCUUUACCCCUGCCAUGACACCAGUGCUGACCCCAGCCGUGACUCCAGGGUUAACUCCGGCAUUGACACCGGCCAUGACCCCAGGAUUGACCCCGGGACUGAUACCUGGCUUGCAGCCUGCGCUGAGGGUCGUCGGAGGGUCCAUGGAGCCAGGGGUCCUCCAGCACAUGAAACACAUGCAGAUCCGCAAGCCGAUGCUUAAAGCUUCGCUAGUUGACCCCAGCUUAUCUGAGGAAGAGGUCAAUAUGAAGUUCGUCCAGGACUUGCUUAACUGGGUGGAUGAGAUGCAGGUUCAACUCGAUCAUGGUGAAUGGGGAUCUGAUCUACCAAGUGUUGAGUCUCAUUUAGAAAAUCACAGAAAUGUUCACAAAGCCAUUGAUGACUUCCAGAUGAGCAUCAAGGAAGCAAAAAUGAGUGAGAUUCAGAUGACUCAUCCACUGAAACAAAGUUACUCAGACAAGCUGGACCUUUUAGAAAGCCAGUAUGGGAGACUACUUAAUUUCUCUAAAGAGAGACAGAAACACCUGGAGAGCCUUCAUAGCUUUGUGUCGCAUGCCACCCAGGAGUUAAUUUGGCUUAAUGAGAAAGAGGAAGAGGAGGUCGCCUUUGACUGGAGUGAUCGCAAUAGCAAUAUCUCCAGGAAGAAGGAUUACCACGCUGAACUAAUGAGAGAGCUGGAUGAGAAGGAGGGGGCAAUCAAGUCAGUGCAGGACCAAGCCGAUAUUCUUUUACAACAGAACCAUCCAGCUAGACUUACUAUAGAGGCCUACAAGGCAGCAAUGCAAACCCAAUGGAGUUGGAUCCUGCAGCUCUGCUACUGUGUGGAGCAGCACCUGAAAGAGAAUGUGACUUACAUUGAGUUUUUCAACGAUGCCAAAGAGUCUAUGGACUACCUUAAAAGUCUUCAGGAUUCAAUUACAAGGAAGUAUGGGUGUGACCGUACCAGCAGUCUGCAUAGACUGGAGGAUCUCAUUCAGGAGUCCAUGGAAGAAAAAGAGCAGCUUCUUCAGUACCGCACCACUGUGGCUGGCUUGGUGGGUCGAGCCAAGUCUGUUGUCCAACUCAAGCCUCGCAACCCAGAGAACCCUGUCCGAACAUCCCUACCUGUCAAGGCCAUCUGUGACUACCGGCAGAUUGAGAUCACUAUCUACAAAGAUGAUGAGUGUGUCCUGGCUAAUAACUCUCACCGAGCAAAAUGGAAGGUGAUCAGCCCUUCAGGGAACGAGGCCAUGGUGCCUUCUGUCUGCUUUACUGUCCCUCCACCCAAUAAGGAGGCAGCUGAGAUGGCCAGCAGGAUUGAGCAGCUGUAUCAGAAAGUUCUCGCUCUCUGGCACCGCUCUCACGUGAACAUGAAGAGUGUGGUGUCCUGGCAUUAUCUCAUGAUGGAUAUCCGCAACAUUCGCAAAAGCACUGUUGCUUCUAUUAAGACUAUGUUGCCCGGCGAGCACCAGCAGGUCCUGAGCAACUUACAGUCCCACUUUGAGGAGUUCCAAGAGGACAGCGAGGAAUCAGAGGUUUUCACAGUGGCAGACUGCGCUCAGCUAGAGAGAGAGGUGCUGGGUUCGAAAGAGUACUAUGAAGAAUUGCUUAAGUCUGCAGAGAGAGAGGAACACGAGGAGUCCGUGUACAACCUGUUCAUAUCUGAGGUGCGUAACUUUCGGAUGCGGGUGGAAGCACACGAGGAGCAACUCAUUCGUCAGAUCCGCUCCCCUCUUGAACGAGAUGAACCGAAGGCCAUUAUGCAGCGCAUCAUUGACCAGGAGAGGAAGAAGGCUGAGUUGGACAGGUUAAACGAGGAUCUUGAGGUGCUGAGGGAUAAAUGUGAGGUAUUCCUCAGACAGGCAGCUAACUCUCCUUCGGUGCCCACGCUGUCCUCUGAACUCAAUGUGCUCACGCAAAGCAUGGCUCAGGUCUACUCCAUGUGCUCAAUUUACCUGGAAAAGUUAAAGACAGUGAGUCUGGUGGUAAAGCAUAGCCAGGGCGCCGAGGCUUUGGUCAAGCUGUAUGAAGGCAAACUAUGUGAGGAAGACUCCGUCAACGGGGACAUCAGAUCCAUUGACGCAGUUAUGAGCACUCUCAAGCAAUGGAGGUCUGAGAUAGACGAAAGAAGAGAUGUCUUCCAUGACCUGGAGGACGAACUGCAGAAAGCUAGAUCCAUCAGUGACCGUAUGUUCAAAACCCAUAACGAGAGGGACUUUGACCUUGACUGGCACAAGGAGAAGGCUGAGCAGCUUGUAGAGAGAUGGAGGAAUGUCCACUCCCAAAUUGAAAACAGACUUCGAGACCUGGAAAGCAUGAGCAAGUCUCUGAAAUACUAUAAGGAUGCGUAUAGUAACCUUGAUGAGUGGAGCAAAGAGAUGGAGACCAAUCAGCUGAAAACACAAGAGAACCAGCCAGAGGACAGCAAAGCUUUGGCUGAGUUGCUAAACCAACAGAAGGUGCUCGUUGCAGAAAUUGAACGUAAGCAGAGUAAGAUUGAUGAAUGUCAGAAGUACUCAGAGCAGUACUCAUCUGGAGUAAAAGAUUACGAGCUUCAACUGAUGACCUACAGGGCCAUGGUAGACUCUCAGCACAAGUCUCCAGUUAAGAGGAGGAGGAUGCAGAGCUCAUCAGAUACCAUUCAGCAGGAGUUCAUGGACCUCCGCACUCGCUACACAGCGCUGGUCACUCUUAUGACACAGUAUGUGAAGUUUGCUAGUGAGACUUUGAAAAGGGCAGAAGAAGAUGAGAAAUCUGUUGAAGAGGAGAGAAAAGAGCACGGUGCUAAAGUUAGCAAGUUAUUAAACUGGAUGUCUGAUGUGAAAUCGGACGUGAACAAAAAUGGAAAGGCUGUAAGUGAUGACAAAGGCAGCACAGGCAGCUCUAAUAAGCCACAGAUUCCUAUAGAAGAGGUUUUGUCAAAGAAGGAACAAAUAACAGAAGCAUUAAGAAGUACAAAGGCGAUACUGACCAAGCACAGUGACAAGAUGUCUGAGGAGGAAAAGCGUGAAGCCAACGAGCAGCUACAACUCCUAGAGCAAGCCUCCAGUGAGCUCUCUCAGAUGAGUGACAACCAGACACGCGCUGCUGAACAGGAGUUUGAAGUCAUUGAAGGCGUUCUCGAUGUGGAAAAGGGAGCAGUGCUGUCUGUAUGUCGUGCAGUACAGAAUGGUCUCCUUGACCACUGCACUGGGCUCAGUCUCCUAGAGGCCCAGCUCAUAACAUCUGAACUUAUCCUACCUGAAUUGCACAUGUGCCUAGACUUGGAGGAUGCGUUCAAGCACAACCUUGUGGACGAACCCAUGUAUAAGCAGCUGCAAGACUUGAACGAAGCCCAUACACGUGUUCAAAGGUCACGCUAUGCCUUUGAACCCUUGCCGACAGUAGCUGCGGUGAAGGACGGGGCGAUUUCCGAACGUCUAGCUGUAAAGAUCAUUGAGAUCCAACUUGCCACUGGUGGGUUAAGGGUGACACACACUGGAGAAAGUUUAAGUCUUGAGAGAGCAUUUGAAUUUGGUUUAAUUCCCCAGUCUCUCUAUGUUCAAAUUUUACAAAGACAAAAUAGCUGGAAGGAUUUGAUCGAUCCUAAUACAGCUGAAAAGGUUUCUCUUAUUCAGCUCGUGCAGAGGAGCAUUGUCCACGAGAAGACAGGGCUCCGUUUGCUGGCGGUAAAGUCCGGAAGCGUAGCAUUUAGAUCAGGAAGCGAGGUGAGCAUUCUGAGAGCCAUGCAUGAGGGUCUGAUAGAUCGAGAGACCACGCUCCGCCUGCUGAGUGCACAGCUCUUCGCAGGAGGCAUAGUUGAUCCUAGGACAAACUGCAAGCUUACAGUAGAAGAAGCGCUCUCUGAGGGGCUUAUUGAUCAGGACACUGCCACUGCAAUUCUAAGUCACCAAGCCCAACACGGUGGCAUCGUAAACCCUAAAGACGGCGCCAGAAUGACAGUCGAUGAAGCUGUCCAGUGCGAUUUAAUUAGUUCCAGAAGUGCUCUGUUAGUUCUGGAGAGGCAGAAAUGUUUUAUGGGCCUCCUUUGGCCACACUCUGGUGAAAUCCUCUCUGUCUCGAUGUCCAUACAGCACGAAAUCAUGACUGAGAAGCUGGCAUGUGAGCUUCUGUCUAACCGAUAUAAAACAGCAGCAUUUUGCAUACCAGAGAACUCUGAGGUGCUUGAUAUUGACACUGCUGCCCAGAAUGGUUUCAUCAAUGCUUGCACAGUAGACUUUUUAAAAACGAUAGAGAUACCGGAUAUGCUUCCUGAUCUAGAUAAUCUCAAUGACAGAUUUUCAUCAUGGUUAGUAAUGCGUGAGCUUCAAAUUGAUGGCUCCAGAGAAGAAUCGGAAGUUAACAAACCGAGCGUAAAUGCCCCGUCUCCCUCGGAAGCCAAACAACUUUUCGUUUCAUUUUUAAUGAUGAACAGCUACAUGGACCCCAAAUCAGGACGGAGGCUUUUAAUUUUCGACAGGCAAAUAAAUAAAAUGGCCAAAGUACUGCUAGAAAUGUCAAGUGUAGAUGAGCACUUUCCUGACGAUGCGCACUGCUACACACACACUGGCGAACUUGCAGUUUUGCAUAUCGAUGAGCCUUUACCAGAAACAGCAGAAGAGAGUAUUUCAGAGGUCUCUACUGAGGGUAAAAAAACUUUGGAUCUGCUCACUAACUCCACGCAUUGUGAAGGUGUGUAUGAUAACAAGCUCGACAGAGAUCAGGUGUUAAGCCUUCUGAGUGAACUAAAAGAAGGAGGCAUUUUAGAUGUUGCCUCUGCAAAGCGAUAUAACCUCGAUGAUGCUUUUGAUAAGGAGAUGAUUGAUGAAGAAACUGUGUUAGAGGUAGUCAGACUGCAGCUUGGAACGCCCAGUGUUAAAGGAAACAACACUGCUACCAUGUCAGUACUAAAACAAGCUGUGUCACAAAGCUAUAUUUCAUCUCAGUUGGCUUUGAAAAUCAUACAGCAGCAAAAUUUACAUAGUGGUUUCUGUGACUCAUCUGGAAAAAGCGUCAGUGCUAGGGAGGCUUGGGAGAUGGGUUUGAGAACUGAUGAUAUUGGCAGAUCUGUUUUUGGUUUAGAAGGAGCCCAGGAGGAAACCGCUGAGCUUGUUGAAGAACGUGUUUGCAGUGUGUCUAAGGCAAAGACUGUUCAUGAUAACACAGCAGAUAGUGAUGAGAUCUCUGCUGUAUCAGUGCUGAAAUGUCCAAGUACUGAAAAUGAUAUGAAUAGAUCAGAAGAAUUCAUCUGUUUAGCUCAAAACAACUCCCAACAAAUUGACAGUACUUUGGACUCAUCAGUCAUCUUAACUACAGUUUGUAAUGAGGAGAUUGUUGCUAAGGCAUUUGGGGGAAGAAGUUCAAGUACCGAAAAUCUUUUAGCAACUUCAGCACAAGUAGACUCAGUGCUUCAGUUAAAGACACUUGGUGAUGAUAAGAUCACUCGACAGGAGAAAGACCAUGUAGAGAUCGUAGCUGUGGACUUUACUGAAAAAUGUGCAAGUACUGAAAAUACAGGCACGCUAACAGAAGUAUUAACAAAUUCAAAUCAAAUGACCAGAUGUUUAGAUUCAUCACUCAUCUUAAAUACUGGUAGUUACGAGGACAUCGCCGCUGAAAAUUCUCUAAUCAUUCAAAAUGCAAAUAAAACACCAGAUGAAGUCACUAAUCUUUCAACAGAAUUGACAAAUACCUUGGACUCAUCGUUCGCCUUAAAGAUAUAUAGCAAUGAGAAAACUGUUUCUGAGGACUCGGGUGAAACUCUUUCAUGUCCAAGUACUAAGGACGGAUUAAUGAGAAAAACUGAAAGCAGUGCCCUGUUAACAGAUUUAACACAAUUCACGAGUAGGUCAGCGUCUAGCGUAAAGACAGUUACUGGUCAGGAGAGCACGGAUUUUUUUGAAAAGUGUCUAAAUACUAAAAAUGAGGGGAAGCACACAGAGAAAACAUCUAAUCUAUUAGCAACACAAUUAGCAAAAAUUACCACUAGCUUGGGCACAUCACACGAUAGUGAUAAGUACAUCACUGAUGGGAAUUCCAGUGACACAGGUUUAAACAAUAACAUUAAUAUAAAAACAAUGGAAGGAAAUUGUCUGCCAGCAAACUCAGCAGUAAUUGACCGCAGUUUGGACAGGUUAGUUCCUUUUAAGGCAGUUAGUGAUGAGAUCUUUCAUGAGGAACUUGCUGUUCCUCAUGAAGUGUCUAAGAAGUGUCUGAGUACUGAAAUUUCAAUAAAAGGACAAGACAACAUUCAUCUGUCAACUAAUUCUAAACAAACUACUACUGGUGUAGAAUUACCAUUCCUGAUAAAGACAGCCAGUGAUGCAGAAAUGACUGCUCUGGAGAGAGAGAGUUUUAAGAUCCCUGCUGUGGAUUUCAGUGAAAAAUUUCCAAGUAUUGACAGUACAGUAAAUUUAACAGUAGAUGGCACUUAUCUGUCAGCGAAUUCAAAACAAAUGAUCAGUAGUUCAAACUUAACCUUAAAUACUGUUAGUGAUGGGAUCACUACUGAAAAAUCUCCAAGUGCUAAAAAUGCAAUUAAAAGUACAAAUGAAAUGACUGAUUUAUUACCAGUUUCAACAGAAUUAACCAGCAAUUUGGACACAUCAUUCACCCUGAAGACAGUUAUUGAUAAAAUCACUGCUCAUAGUACUGACAAAAAAGUGGACACAUCAGAGGAUGACAUUCAUCUGCUAACAAACACAUUACAAAUGCCCAGUUGUUUAGAUUUAUCGUUUUUGCUAGCAACAGUUAGUGAUGAUGUAACUGCUGAGGGAAAAUAUACAAGUACUGAAAUUGAAAUUAAAAGACCAGACCAAAGCAAUGCCCUUUUUACAAACACUGCGCAGAUGACCAGUAGUCUGAACACACUAUUGUUAUCGUCACUUAGUGAUGAAAGUGCUGAUAAAAAAUGUCUAGGUGGUGAAAAUACAGUGAAAAGCACAGCAACUUCAACACAAAUAGCAAGUAUGUUGGACUUAUCUUUCAACUUAAAGACAGUUAGUGAUGAUCAGGUCACUCCCGGGGGACUUGGUAAAAAAUGUCAACGUACUGAAAGUGAGCUGAAAAUAUCAAAGGGCCUAAAGAGUGAUGAGAUCCCUACUGAAAAAAUCCCAAUUACUGAAAAUGCAAGUACUGAGGAGAGAACAGAGGAAGACACACCUUCAUUUAUGAGUAGUUGUUUAAAGUCUGCAUUUACCUUAAAGACAGUUAGUGAGGAGAUAUCUGAAGCCACAUUUGGUGGAAAAAGUCCAAGUACUGACAAUUUAUUGAAGACAACAGAAGAGACUCCUUUGUCUACAAACCUAACAGAAACGGCAAACAUUUUGGAUUCAUCGACGGAGAAAGCAGCUCCUCCAUCGAACAUUUCAACCCAAAUAAUCAGUAAUUUGGACUCAAGGUCAGAUAGUGAGGCAAUCAUUGAUAAAAAUUUGGAUGAAAAAUGCCCACGUACUGAAACCAAAGUGAACAGGACAGAGGAAGCAACUCCUCUAUUAAACAUCUCAACCCAAAUAAUCAGUAGUGCGGCAAUCACUGACAAGACACUGGGUGAAAAAUGUACUGAAAAUGUAGCGAAAAAAACAGAAGUCAUCACUGAUGAAUUAACAGAACCAGGACAAAUGUCUUGUCUGAAGUCCACAUUCAUCUUAAAGACAGUUACUGAUAUUUCUCCAGGUAUUGGUUUUGAUCCAGAAAAACAGGAUGGGGUUGAUGUCCAUGCCCAUGAUUUAAAGGAUUUGGACAAUUUAGAUAAUUUGGAUACCAGAUACGAUGAGUGUAAAAACCAUACAGAGCAUAAUGGAAAAGAGAUUAAUGGGUUUUCUUUCAAUAAUGCAUUAUGUCAACCUCAUUUAGCCUGUGUUAAGGAUGAGGCAGCAAACCAGAGGACAAGUUCUAUUCAGACUGACACUGGAAGAUUCUGUCCAUUACAAAGUUAUAUUAAUUUAGAUGACAGGAAAUCAGAAAGCUUAGUAAAUACACAGCAGUUCAGUUCUUUUAAUGAACCAGAACAAACAUCAAGUACGUUCACCAAUGAGAGAGGUUCAAAAAGUGUAAAUGCAAAAGAAAAUAGCAAAACAAUAACAGAUAAUGAACUGUCAUCUUCUCAGUUACGUCAGUUAUCAGACAUGAGUCCCGCAUUAAGGAAAAACAGGCAGGAUCAGGAACAUUUUGAAUCAUCUCAGUCAAUGGGUUGUUCUGUUCAAACAGAUAUGAAUGGAAGAUAUCUGAAUCAGUGUAUGGUUAGCAAGACAAGGGUGAUUGUGGAAGGACCUGAGCAUGAGUGCACAUCAGGAACUGUAAAAGGCCAUGACACAUUCAAAGCAGUAGAGACCCAAUCUGAUCAUAUUGGUGUCGGUGCUGACAAUAAGACAAUCAGUGAUUUUGACUUGGCCAGUGUCAAUACCUCAGGGUCUAUGGACAUGUCACUGUUUUGCUUUGGAGAAACUAGCAAAAUGAGUCCCACUUCAAAGUUCCUGCCUGAUGAGCAUUUUAGUGAUGAUUCAAAUAAUAAGCGACCCACCAAGCAAGGAGUGCCUGACACAGCAGUUGACUCCAACCUGCCUUACUCAGACCUUGUUAUAUCUGAGAAAAACAGCUCUGAUACAGAAACCUUAAAGGAUAAAACCACCACAGUGCACACUGUAGAUGAACAGUCUUUAGAAUUUGUUGCAUCAAAGACCGAUAUCCAACCAAAUUCAUUAGACAAAGACUUGCUUAAUAUUCAUACACCCCAGGAAUCCAACAGUAAUGGGGAUAAGCUGUGUACGAAUUCUUUAGAGACAGAGAACGCAUUUCAACCAAGUUGCUUAACUGAACAGGAAAAAGCUGCAAUGAAAGAAACUCUUAAUGAGACAAAGAGCGAGGAAAGGCAAGCCUUUGACAGCACUGAGCGCAUCUCAGCCACUCCACAUGACUCAAAUAUCAGUAAAGUCAUUGAUGAGGUCACAGAUCUAGGUCUGCACAAAGACUUAAGCGAGCAUGAGAAAGUUCUUCCAGGGUGUGUAAAUCAAGAGAAGUGUCCAUCCUAUGCGACUGGCCAUGGGCAGGAACCGAGUAGUCCAGUGCUAAUGCAGUCACAGAUUCAAAAGAUCAUCCAGGAGCUAUCUGUUGACAAAAAAGCCAAAAUGCUGGAUGAUGAAGACUCUGUUGAAAAUCAGCCAAAAGCCGCUGCCAGUGAUGGUUGUGAUGAUGAUAAUGUCUUUCAAUCGGCUUUGUCCGAUCAGCAGCACUUCAAGGCAAAUGGUUCAAUCACUGAUGAAGUAGAAGAAGUUACACACAGAAAAUGGUCCACCCAGGAUUAUUUGGAGUGUGUCGGUAAACUCCAGGAUCACUAUGACGCACUUGAAGACAUCAAGAAUGAUUUUUUGACCCAAGAUCCAAUAGCAGCACACAAUGAAGUUUUACAAGACCAACUGGAAGCAGCUCAGUCAUGGGAAGCACAGCUUGCCGCAUUUCCUGGCAUUUUAACACAAGAUUUGGAGGUAGCUGAACAGCUUUUACAAUCUGCUAAUGAACUCAUUCCCACACAAGUCCAACACGAUUUAGCAACAGUUUUUGUAGAUUUGCAAACCGCUUUCACAGAUGUUUGCCAUUUAUCAUCUGAGAGACUUAACUCGGUUCUCCAGGCCAUCGAUGAAGCCAAGGCAAAUUUGGAGAUUACAUAUGAAGAUCUUCUCAGCUCCCUUGGAAAACUAUCAUACUGUAUUCAGGAUAGUUCUGAGAUGCUGUCUAAGCUUGACAUCAUGAACACAGACGAUUUGAAGACAGUUAAAUAUAGGAUUCAACAGAAUAAGGAUCUGGAGAAGAACCUAUCUGGCACUCGACAGAAUCUAGAAGAUCUAGCUUUUGAUGUCCAGAACUUUAUAUCUGAGUAUGCACAUUUCCUAAACCCAGCCCAAAGCAGACAGAUGCUGAAAUCGCUCAGUGCUACACAGAGAGCUCUAAAGGAAGUGACAGACCGAGUGAUUACUCAGAGGCACACGCUGGACCUCAAUUUGGAGAUCCGUGAGGACGAGAUUCAGCAGCAGAAUGCUGUUGAGAGGCAAAAGGACUUUGUAGACAAGCUUCAGGAGCUGUGUGAUGAUCUAACGCAAACUGAGAACCGUCUCAUCGGCCACCAGCAGCAAUCCAGCAAUGCAAAGAAUGUGGAAGACCUGCAGCAAUACCAACAAGAGAACCAAGCUUUACAGAAAGACAUCCAGUCUAAUGUCAGUGCCUUGAAUGAAGUCAUCAGUAGCUCUAAGAAGUUCCUGGAGGAGAACCGAAACAAGCUGACACCUGAGCAGGUAGCUGCUAUUGAGCUUAAGUCAGAAGAAGUGAAGAGCAAAGCCAAUAUGCUUAACCAGAAAGCAGAAGAAACCAGGAAAGACCUGGAGAAAGUUGUGACAACUGUUAUAAAACAGGAGACAGAAAAGGUUGCAGCUGUGGAACAACUUGAAGAGACCAAAAAUAAAAUCGAGGUUCUCUUAGAUUGGGUAUCCAAUAUCGGAAAAGAAGGAAUGGUUAAAGAGAAUGGAAACAUACCGAUAAAAGGAAAAAUGACAGGACAGGAAGAUGACCCUAAUGGAAAUGCAAUGGACACCACAGAUAACGCCUCACAGUGGUCAGGUGGAGACACUAAGGAAUUAGAUAUAGAUCAGCAAUAUGAAAGGCUUAAGGCUCACCACCAAGAGAUCCUCUCCCAGCAGCAAGACCUACUCAUUGCUACACAGUCUGCCCAGACACUUCUGGACAAGCAGGGUGACGUUCUCUCUCCAGCUGAAAAAGAGAAGCUCCAGAAUGACAUCAAGGAGCUGAAGGGGCGAUACGAGGCCUCACUCACCCAGGCUGAGCAACAGAUGAAGCAGAUGCAGAGUGUUCAGGAGGAGCUACGCAAAUUCCAAAGUGACUACGAGGAAUUCGGAGUUUGGCUGCAGCAGGCACAGGAGCAGCUGGCAGAGCUGGGAGCCCCCACUAGCCAGAUAGAUGAUCUGCAUGAAAAGCUUCAGAAACAGAAAAGUUUUUACGAAGAUGUGAUCUCCCACAAGGGAGACCUGCGUUUCAUCACCAUCGCAGGCCAGAAGGUGCUGGAUGUGGCCAAGGGUGAGUGUAAGGAGAAACCAGGAUCGCUUGAGGUGGACGCAUCGGGAACCUGCGCUGCUGUGAAGGAGAAGCUGGAUUCCACUGCUACUCAGUACAAAGUCAUGCACACCCAAUGCAACCAGCUUGGAAACAAUCUCAAAGAUGUUGUGGACAAGUACAAAAGGUACGAAGAUGCCUCGAGCAGUUUAUCGACAUGGCUCAGGAGCUCUGAAGAAGAGGCCAGAAGGCAACAGUCUGAACCGAUUGCUGCAGAUCCCCAAACACUCCAGAAACAACUGGAAGAAACCAAGGCUCUUCAAGGGCAUACCACUGGCCAUCAGGUGGCUCUGGAGACACUGCGCAAAACAGCAGAUGCUCUCAUCACAGCAGAGGGAGACCUACUAAACAACAAGGAAGACAUUCAAGAAGCAGUUGACGACAUUGUGGAACGGUACGAUAACUUGUCCAAGUUAGUGAGUGACCGAAAUGAGAAGCUCCAGGUGACGUUAACACGCUCGCUCAGUGUGCAGGAUGGUCUGGAUGAGAUGAUGAACUGGAUGAAGAAAGUGGAGGAAAGUGUUGAAGGCGAUUUACAAGUGCCCCUAGACUCAGCUGCUAUUGCGGAUGCUCUCAGCAAGGAGGCAGCCCUGGAGCUGGACAUGUCCAGCAGACACAGCAGCAUCUCCACUAUGAAGGCCAAAGUGAAGAAGUUUAUUGAGACUGCAGAGCCAGCAGCAGCAGCUACGCUCCAGGCAAAGAUGGAAGGACUGGCACAACGCUUUGACGAUGCCUGUGAGAAGCACAAGCAGAAGAUUUCACAGAUGGAGCAGCUGAAGGACAAGGUGGAACAGUUUGAGAAAACAUCUGAGAAGGUCCAGGAGUUUGUGUUAAAGCAUUCACAUGCUCUUUGUGAGGGUGACGGACCUGGGAAAAAUGUAAACGAGCUCUCGCAGCUGGUCCAGGAUAUAAAUGUAGAGCUGGCUGAACACGUGAAGGACAUGGAAACACUGCACUUGUUGUCAAAGGAGCUUUCUAACUGUGGUCCAGAGGGAAGCACAGCUCUAAUUCAGGGCAAGAUGGCGAACCUGUCGAACACAUUUAAUACUUUUAAGGACACGGUUAAGGAGAAACAGGAGGAGGUUUUGUCUUGCCAGGACCAGCUGAGUGAGUUCAAAGCAGCUGCAGGGGUGCUGAUGAAGUGGCUGGAAGAGACAAAAGAGCAAGUGCCUGUGGUUCAGCCCAACUGCAGUGAACAGGGCCUGGGAAAUGACGUGAAGAAAGUGAAUAGUUUGCUGGAAGAAUGGACCACUAAAGCGCCUGCUGUCCAAGACAUAAAUAGCAAAGGGUCUGCACUGUGUUCCCUAAUCAGUGUUUUAACAUCUCCAGCCAAAGCCAGAAUGCAUCAUAAAUCAGGUUCAGUAGUCAGUAAUAACUCAGGUCCUGGAGGUCCAUAUCUAACGAACAAAGAGCUGAUGUUGGUGCAGCAGAACAUGUCCGGCAUCAAUGAGGAUUAUAGCAGCCUUGGGGAGCUGCUGAAAAACAGGGGGUCAGAGCUAAGCGCACUGUUGCUAAAGGUCCAAGGGGUUCAGCAUGAGGCUCAGACAACGCUGCAGUGGCUGGACAAAAUGAAGAAGACAGCGGAGUCUUGGAACUCUGAGCGAGCUGGCGAUGGCUCAAUGAAAAUGCAAAUGGAACGGCAGAAAGCUUAUGAAGACAAAAUGCACCAAAAACAGCAACAGUACCAAGAACUGCGGCAGAAGCUACUCAACCUGAUCGAGGAAAAUCCUGAUUCACCUGAAGCAGAAAAAUGGAAGAACAUGCUGAAACAGAUGGACGCAGGAUGGGAGGAGGUCAAGGGCUCUGUGGAGAACAGGAAGCAGCACCUGGAGGAGUCAGCUCGCAUGCUGGAGAUCUUCCAGACAAACCAACCGCAGCUUUCACAGUGGCUUCAAGAGAAAGAUCUGAUGAUGAGUGUUUUGGGCCCUCUGUCUAUGGACCCCAAUAUGCUCAAUACACAAAAGCAGCAAGUCCAGAUUUUGCUGAAAGAAUUUGAAGGCCGCAAACCUCAGUACGAGCAGCUGAACGAAGCUGCCGUUGUUAUCAGUACUGCAUCGGGAACUCAGGACCCUACUGUGGAAAAUGUAAAGAAACAGCUGGAUGUUAUCAACCAGAAGUGGCAGGACCUGACAAGCCAGCUUUCUGACCGCGAUGCCCUCAUUGAGCAAGCCGUGGGUAAGACCACUCAGUUCCAGGAGCUUCUACGACACCUAGGUCAGAGUGCAGCAGACCUGGAGUUUCAGCUGAAUGGCCAGCAGACUCUUAGCACACAGCCUGAUGCUGUCAAGAAGCAGCUAGAAGCCACUAAUGCUGUCCUGGCUAAGCUAUGUGAAGAGAAGAAGAAGCUAAAGGAGGCAGAAAGUGUUUGCUCUCAACUGUCAGCUCUAGUGACUGAGGAGUAUCUUAGAGCCAACCUUACGGCACAGCUGGAAGGUGUCUCCAAACCCUUUAAGACGCUUGAAGACAAAGCAGGAAAGAGAAUUCAACAUCUUACCUCCACCUUUGCCAGCUCCCAAGAAUUUCAUCGGACGUCUAAAGACUUCCAGAGCUGGCUAGAGCAAACGCUUAAUGAGCAGGCUGGGCCACAGUCAAUCUCAACCAAGGAGGAGACACUGUUGCAAAGUAUAAAAGAGCACAGUGCUGUCCAGAGUGCACUGAGUCAACAAGAGGAACCGUACAAGAACGUUAUGCGGGAAGCUGAGGCUCUCCUACAAAACACAGAGGGAGAGGAAAAGUUGGCCCUCCAAGGCCAGCUUUCAGCCCUUAGGUCCAACUGGGAGAAAGUAAAGUUGAGCGCAAUGGAGAAAGCAGAGAAGCUUAAUGUUGCAUUAGAGAGGGCCAAAAAAUAUAAAGAACAUAAAGAAAGCUUUGGCACUUGGCUGCAGGAGUGUGAAGACAGACAGAACAAGGCAAAUUUCAGUGUAAAGCCUGUAGAGGUUGAGGACGCUCUUUUGCAAGUAAAGGCCAUCCAGAGGGAUCUGGACAAGCAUCGCGGUCAGAUGGAACUACUGAAUGUCGCUGCUGACAGCCUUUUAGAGGUGGCCACAGCAGAUUUAGAUGAUGUAAACGAAGAGAAGAUUAUGAUCGGGAAGAAUGUGGAUAAGUUGACAGAGGGGUUACAGCUCAAGAAAGAUACUCUCGAGAAGCUCUCGCAGAAGUUAAAAGAGUUCAGUGAUACACAUAAAGAACUUUCAGACCAAAUCGAUGGUGCCAGAAAGCAACUAGAACAUCAAUCUGGUCUUGGUGUCCAAGGUUAUAGUACAAAGAACCUAACUAACAUGAAGGCUCAGCAGAAAAAUUUAGAGGCUGUCCAGAACCAGGUAGAGAACCUAAAAAGCCUAGCUCAAAGUAUGGUUGCAGAUGUACCAGAAGUUGAAGGGGUGGUAGAUCUUCUCCUUCAGGCAGACGCUUUGGAAAAAGAGCACAGCUCCAUCAGUAAAGCAAUCGAUGACAAGUGCACCACAUUGGAGAACAAACUUCAGGGCAUUGGACAGUUCCAGCACAAUAUUCGGGAGAUGUUCACCUCCUUUGCGGAUCUGGAUGAUGAAUUGGAUAGCAUGGGUCCAGUAGCCAGGGACAUGAAAACGCUAAAGGAACAACAAGGAACCAUUGAGAACUUUGUGACAAAACUCCAGGAUCUAAUGAACAACACAGCCAGUGCCAGAGAUAACUGCAAGAAAAUGCUGGAGUCAGAGACCUCACCAGAUCUACUAGGCCUGAAGAGAGACUUGGAAGCCUUGAGCAAGCAAAGUGGCAAACUCAUGGAUCGGGCCAUUGGGAGGAAAGAGCAGGUUGAGGAUACGCUGAAAAAUCUGGAGGAGUUUUACCACAAGCUGGACACUUUCACAAAGAAAAUGGCUGGUGCUGAGGAGCAGGAGGAAUCCCAAGGUCCAGUUGGCAUGGAGACAGAGGUCAUUAACCAACAGCUGGAGGCUUUCAAGGUUUUCCAGAAGGAAACGAUCGAGUCACUGCAAACCCAAUUGCAAGAGGUGAACUGUUUAGGCCAAGGACUUAUUCAAAAUGCAUCUAAAGGGACCAGCACCAAAGCACUUGAACAUGACCUGGAGGAUAUCGGUACGAGAUGGAACACGCUAAACAAAAAGGUAGCAGAACGUUCGGCGCAGCUUCAUGAAGCUUUGCUGCACUGUGGAAGGUUUCAGGAUGCUCUCGAGUCCCUGUUCAGCUGGCUUAAAGACACAGAGGAACUGGUGUCCAGUCAGAAGCCUCCAUCAGCAGAGUUUAAAGUUGUUAAAGCACAAAUACAAGAACAGAGGCUCUUACAGAAGCUGCUAGAUGACCGCAAACCCACAGUGGAGCUUAUUAAGAAGGAAGGAGGGAAAGUGUUAGAGAUGGCUGACUCUGUGGAUAAAGAGAAGAUUGGAAAAGAGAUUGAUAGCCUGGGGAAGAGAUGGGAUGCUCUGCUGAAGAAAGCUGAGCGCAGACACAAACAGUUGGAGAGCAUUUUGGGAGUGGCCCAACAGUUCCAUGAGACCCUAGAGCCACUAACAGAGUGGCUGACAGCUACAGAGAAAUGCCUGGCCAAUUCUGAGCCCAUCGGCACCCAGGCCUCUAAGCUCGAAGAGCAGAUCUCCCAGCAAAAGGCUUUAGAGGAGGAGAUUAUAGGGCACAGUAAGAGCUUGUACCAGGCAAUGAGUCUUGGACAGGCUCUGUGGUCAGUCAGCUGUGUGGAUGAUAAAGAACUCGUCCAAGCUAAACUGGACAGCACUCAGGGUGGCUACAUCGAGUUGCAGGAACGCUGCCGCAGGAAGGCUGAGCUGCUGCACCAGGCCCUGGGCAACGCACGGUUGUUUGGAGAGGACGAAGUAGCACUCAUGAACUGGCUGGAUGAAAUACACGGCAGACUGAGCCACAUCUCUGUCCAGCACUAUACACCAGACGUACUGGCAAAACAACAUGCUGACCAGCUGGCACUUCAUGAGGAUAUUGAGUUGAGGAGACAGCAUGUUGAACAGGCCCUGCAGAAUGGACUCGAGCUCCUCAAACAGACCACAGGCGAUGAAGUCAUUAUCAUUCAGGGCAAACUGGAUGGAAUAAAGACGAGAUAUUCCGACAUUAGCUCAAUGAGCAACGACGUAAUGAAGACCCUGGACAAAGCACUGUCUCUGGCCAACAAAGUACAACACACGCACGAAGAGCUGCGUUUCUGGUUGGAGAAAGUGGAAUCCGAAUUGGACACGUUUGGAGCUCAGGAGUCAGUGGGAGAGCAACUGAGGAAGGUGCAAGAGAGGCAGAAAGCUUUAAUGAAGGAGGUUCAAGAGCACAAGUCAGUAGUAGAUACAUUGAAUGAAGCGAGCAGCGCUCUGCUAGAGCUGGUGCCAUGGCGUGCCCGAGAGGGGCUCGACAAACUGAUCACAGAGGACAACGAGCGCUACAGGACAACUAGUGAUGCCAUUUCUCAGCACGUAGACCAGACAGGAGCUGCCAUCUUAAAAUCACAGCAGUUUGAACAGGCUACUGACACAGAAUUGGCCUGGCUGACUGAAGCAGAGAAGAAGUUGUCAUCUCUAGGGGACAUCAAGCUGGAGGCAGAGCAGACCACAGCUCAGCUGCAGGCUCAAAAGGGCUUCUCUAUGGACAUUAUGAGGCAUAAAGACGCUGUGGAUGAUAUCACUAAGACAGGCGAGACCAUAAUGAACGGCAAAGACGAGACUGAAAAACAAGCCCUAAAGGCUAAGAUCCAGGCCCUCUUGGAGAAGUACAACGUGGUGAGUCAGUUGAACUCGGAGCGUUGUCUGCAGCUGGAGAGAGCGCACUCUCUGGCGUGCCAGUUCUGGGAGACCUAUGAGGAGCUGUGGCCAUGGCUGCAGGAGACCCGGGCCAACUUUACCCAGCUCCCGUCCCCUGCUAUUGAGUAUGACACUCUCAGACAGCAACAGGAGGAACUGCGGCAACUGAGGGAGCUGAUUGCAGAGCAUAAGCCGCACAUAGACAAGAUGAACAAAACGGGUCCUCAGCUGGUGGAGAUCAGUCCACUGGAGGGUGAGCCGAUCAGAGAGAAAUUCCAGGCCACAGACAAGUUGUACGCACAGCUUAAAGCAGAUGUUAAGCAGAGAGCUGCUGCCCUGGACGAGGCCAUCUCUCAGUCUACUCAGUUCCAUGAUAAGAUUGACCCGAUGCUGGAAUCUCUGAAUCGUAUAGCCGAGCGUUUGCGCCAGCCCCCCUCCAUCUCUGUGGAAGUGGAAAAGAUUCGUGAGCAGAUUUCUGAAAACAAAUUUGUGAAUGUGGACUUGGAGAAACUGCAGCCGUCUUAUGAAACGCUGAAGCAGAGAGGAGAGGACAUGAUCACCCGCUCAGAGGGCGCAGACAAAGACCUGUCAGCCAAGGCUGUACAAGACAAACUGGAUCAGAUGGUAUUUGUGUGGAGUGAUAUCCGUGCUCUGCUGGAGGAGAGGGAGGCUAAGCUUCUGGAUGUUAUGGACCUGGCAGAGAAGUUCUGGUGCGACCACUGUGCGCUCAUCAUCACCAUCAAAGACACCCAGGACUUGCUAAAAGACCUGGAGGACCCUGGAGUCGACCCCUCUGUUGUUAAACAGCAACAGGAGUCUGUGGAGGGGUACAGAGAGGAAAUCGAUUCUCUUCAGGAGGAACUGAAUGUGGUCCAGAAUUUAGGGGCAGAGCUGAUGACGGCCUGUGGAGAACCAGACAAGCCUGUAAUCAAAAAGAGCAUUGAUGAGGUGAACACGGCAUGGGAGACUCUGAAUAAGACAUGGAAAGAGCGAGUAGACAGACUGGAGGAGGCCAUGCAGGCUGCUGUACAGUUCCAGGAUGGUCUACAGGGCAUGUUUGACUGGGUAGACAUUUUGGAGAGUAAAUUGGAUUCCAUGUCACCUGUGGGAACAGACCUGGAAACUGUGAAACAGCAGAUUGAUGAGCUGAAGGAGUUUAAAGGUGAGGCAUACCAGCUUCAGAUUGAGAUGGAGAGGCUGAAUCACCAGGCAGGACUGCUCCUAAAGAAAGUAUUGGAUGAAGCAGACCGCGUUGCCAUUCAGGAACCUAUGAACGAACUCAAAAUGCUUUGGGACAACCUGGAUGAGAAGGUCAUCAACAGACAGCACAAGUUGGAGGGAGCCUUGCUGGCUUUAGGACAGUUCCAACAUGCUCUGGAUGAGCUUUUGGCCUGGCUGACUCAUACUGAAGAGCUGCUUAGUGGACAGAAGAAAACCAGUGGUGACCCCAAGGCUAUAGAGAUUGAGCUUGCCAAACACCAUGUUCUGCAUAAUGAUGUAUUGGCCCAUAAGACCACAGUCGAAGCAGUUAACAAAGCUGGCAGGGAUUUGAUGGAGUCCAGUGCAGGGGAGGAGGCAUGUGGCCUGCAGAGCAAGCUGGAAAACCUUAACCAACGCUGGACAAGCAUCCUGGAAAAGACUGAGCAGAGGAGGCAGCUUUUGGACAGCGCCUUACUCCAGGCCCAGGGUUUCCAUGGGGAGAUUGAAGAUAUGCAACAAUGGCUGAAAGAAACAGAAUGUCAGCUGUUGGCAUCAAAAGCAGUUGGAGGCCUACCAGAUACGGCCCGCGAGCAGCUUAACACCCAUCUGGAGUUAUGUAAUGCAAUGGAGAUAAAGGAAGACCUUUACCAGAAGCUUCUUCAAAAAGGUCAGCAGUUGAUAGCCAUGACCCCAGAGAACCAGGACAGCAGUACUGAUCAGGACCUCCAUAACCUUCAAGAAAAGUGGGAAUGUGUGCAGGCCAAAGUGGCUGAGAGGAAGGUGAAACUGGAAGAGGCAUUAGCGAUGGCCACAGAUUUUCAUAAUUCUCUGCAGGACUUCAUUAACUGGCUGACUCAGGCAGAGCAGACACUCAACAUGGUCUCUCCAGGCUCCCUCAUCCUAGAAACGAUCUUGUUCCAGAUUGAUGAACAUAAGAUCUUUGCAACAGAGGUCAACUCACACCGAGAUCAAAUAAUUGAGCUGGAUAAGACAGGCACCCAUCUGAAAUACUUCAGCCAGAAGCAGGAUGUGGUCCUGAUUAAAAACCUGCUCCUGAGCGUUCAAAGCCGCUGGGACAAAGUAGUGCAGCGAUCAGUGGAGCGAGGGCGCCUGCUGGAUGAUGCGAGGAAACGUGCGAAGCAGUUCCAUGAGAGCUGGACCAAGCUGAUGGAGUGGCUCGAGGAGUCAGAGACAGCUCUGGACUCGGAGCUGGAGAUCGCUAAUGACCCCGACAAGAUCAAAACGCAGCUGACUCAGCACAAGGAGUUCCAGAAGGCCCUGGGUGCCAAGCAUUCUGUUUACGACACCACCAGCCGGACAGGCCGAGCCCUGAAGGACAAAACCUCACUUCAGGAUGACAACCAGAAACUGGACGACAUGCUCUGCGAGCUCAGAGACAAAUGGGACACGGUUUGUGGCAAGUCUGUAGAAAGGCAGAACAAGCUGGAGGAGGCUCUGUUGUUCUCAGGCCAGUUCACAGACGCUCUGCAGGCUCUGAUUGACUGGCUUUAUAAAGUAGAGCCGCAGCUGGCAGAGGACCAGCCUGUCCAUGGAGACAUUGAUUUAGUUCUCAACCUCAUUGACAGCCACAAGGUGUUUCAAAAGGAGCUCGGAAAAAGAACGGGCUCAGUACAGGCUCUGAAACGUUCAGCCCGUGAGCUUGUUGACAGCAGCCAUGACGACUCUUCCUGGGUCAAAGUUCAAAUGCAGGAGCUGGGCUUGCGCUGGGAGACUGUGUGUGCCCUCUCGGUGCAGAAACAGAAACGAUUGGAACAAGCUCUGUCUCAGGCAGAGGAGUUUCACUCGACUGUCCAUAUCCUGCUAGAGUGGCUGGCUGAAGCAGAACAGAGCCUCCGUUUCCACGGGUCUCUGCCUGAGGACGAGGAAGCCCUGCGUGGCCUGAUUGAGCAGCACAAAGAAUUUAUAAGAAAGCUCGAAGAGAAGAGUGUGGCUUUGGGCAAAGCGAUCAGCAUGGGUGAAGCCAUCUUAGCUAUCUGCCAUCCAGACUCUAUCACCACUGUGAAACACUGGAACACCAUAAUCAAAGCUCGCUUCGAGGAGGUCACAGCAUGGGCACGACAGCAUCAGCAGAGGUUAUCUAGUGCUCUGAACGAGCUCAUGGCCACUCAAGAGCUCCUAGAGAACCUGCUGAGCUGGUUACAGUGGGCAGAGACCACGCUCACUGAGAAAGACAUGGAGGCCCUGCCUCAGGAGAUUGAGGAGGUCAAAGCUCUUAUCACUGAGCAUCAGACCUUUAUGGAGGAGAUGACCAGAAAACAACCAGAUGUGGACAAAGUCACUAAAACUCAUAAAAGGAAAACCACAGCUGAUCCACCAGUUCAGUCUCAGAUACCAGUACUGGAAAAAGGAAGAACAAGCAGAAAGAGAUCCCAGGUACAGACCAUGUAUCCAGCGACAGUCCAGGCUCCAAUAGAGACCAAGAACCCCAGAGUGAACCUGUUAGUCAGUAAAUGGCAGCAGGUCUGGCUUUUGGCCCUGGACAGAAGAAGAAAACUGAACGAUGCACUGGACCGAUUAGAGGAGCUCAAAGAGUUCGCCAACUUCGACUUUGAUGUCUGGAGGAAGCGAUACAUGCGAUGGAUGAACCACAAGAAAUCACGAGUCAUGGAUUUCUUUCGUCGCAUGGAUAAGGAUCAAGAUGGCAAAGUCACAAGGCAGGAGUUUAUUGAUGGGAUUCUUUCUUCAAAGUUUCCCACCAGUCGACUGGAGAUGAGUGCUGUAGCAGACAUUUUCGACCGUGAUGGUGAUGGCUACAUUGACUACUAUGAGUUUGUGGCUGCUCUGCACCCAAAUAAAGAUGCCUACAAACCACUAACUGAUGCCGAUAAGAUAGAAGACGAGGUAACACGCCAAGUGGCAAAGUGCAAGUGUCCUAAACGGUUCCAAGUGGAACAAAUUGGUGCAAACAAAUACCGGUUCUACCUCGGAAACCAGUUUGGAGACUCGCAGCAGCUCAGGCUGGUGCGGAUCCUGCGCAGCACCGUUAUGGUGCGGGUCGGAGGAGGCUGGAUGGCUCUCGAUGAGUUCCUAGUAAAGAACGACCCGUGUCGAGCUAAAGGGAGGACAAAUGUGGAGUUGCGAGAGAAGUUCAUACUGCCGGAAGGGACCACUCAGGUGAUGGCCAGCUUCCGCUACAGAGGUCGAAGGUCACGGCCAUCCUCAAGAGGUGCCUCGCCGAACAGGUCGAACUCCAGCCAAAGCUGUCCUGUACAGACCAACCCUGCUGCACCGGGCACGCCGAAGACUCUCCAACAUUUAAGCCGCAAUUACGAUAAACCCUGGCUGACAAACAGCAAAUCAGCUACUCCCUUAAAGUCGUCCGACUCCUUUGAGAGCCAGGGGUCAUCCAACGAGAGCACACCCAUCCAAGGCAGCAAGCUCCGGUUGCCUGGCUAUUUGUCAGGAAAAGGUUUCCAGUCUGGAGAGGAGGGAACCCUGUUAAACGCUGCUAUUCUGAAAGCUAGAAGUCAGGCUGCUGGACACAGUAAGUUUCCCAGCAGGCCUGGCAGUAAGGCAGGGAGUCGUGGAAGCAGCCGACGAGGGAGCGACGCCUCCGACUUCGACAUCUCCGAUAUCCAGUCCGUCUGCUCUGACAUGUCGGAGACGGUGAUGGACUCCGCAAGGCCACGCUCGUCUCCACGACAGCCUGGAGUUAAACCUUCCAAAAUUCCUACGCCGCAAAGGAGAAUCGCAGCCAGCAGCAAACUGGCCAAAUGCACGACCAAAAGAUAGUCAGCAGCUGACUUCUAUCUUUACAGCACUGUGCUGGAACACACUGGACAAAAACUGGACUCCCGAAGACACUAAACCUGCGAAAUGUCCUUAUUUAAAACGAACAGGUAGCAAGUUGUAAAUUAUCAAAGAAAAAAAAAAAAAAAAAGUGUAGCAAACGUUGUAAAUUAUUCCGAGGAGAAACAAGGUGUGAAGUACAUGGGAUUGAUGCUGUGUGAGUGGAACAUGACAGUUUUGUGUAUUUGUUGUGUAUUUUUAAUUUCUGUGAAUAAUGUCGCAUCAGAUUUUAUUUUAUUUUAUCGUAUCGCUGCUACAACCGGAGAUCUUAGCAAGCACCGGCGGGAGAAAAGUAGACUGUACAUUGUGAAGCUAAAUAACAAUUUUCCAUUUUCUGGGAUCGAGCUCACGUUGAAAGCUGAAUGUACUGUAAAUCUCCACAAAGCUUGCAAAUAAUAUUAUGCCACUGCAUAUCACCAGGGCACCUGACUAUUUAUUCAUCUAUUUAAAGUGCAAUGAUAUGUUGCUGAGAAUGCAUUGUAAAGGGCAAUACAAUACAAUACUAAUUAUAAUCACUGCAAGUGCUCCUCCUAAAACACUACAUGGCCUUCAAUCCAAAAAAACAAAAAACAAACGUAAAACCAUUGCAUAAUGCAUAAUGUUUUAAGUUCCUGAUCCUAUCAUUGUGUGCCAUUUAACCUUGACAGGAGCCUUUCACGGUUCUAAUAGCAGAUAUUCAUACUGUAGGUGCAUUCAUGUCUGUGUACUGUUUGACUCUGUGUCGGUGGAUUCCUCACAACAUUUUUGUAAUAAACCUGCUUGCAGAAAGCUAUGGCAGUAUCGAAAAAGCAAA